GAAUAUCUUCCGCGACCACGAGCUCGCCCUGGCCGUUACUCUCUCCCACGUGGCUCACCCUCCGUCUAAGUCUCUAAUGGCGUGGAUGCAGAGAACAAAGAGUUUUGUGCUUAGAGAGGGAGAGAUUCAGGCAGCUCUUGGCGUGCUCAGUUGGUGGGAUGAAAUCGACGAGUCAGAACAAUGGCAAAGAGGCAUAUACUAUACGCUAUGCGCGUGUUAUGCCUCAGUUUCCCUUGUUGCACUGGUACAAUUAGUGCGCAUUCAGUUAAGAGUACCAGAAUAUGGGUGGACAACACAAAAGCUUUUUCACUUGAUGAAUUUUAUUGUGAAUGGAUUGAGGGCUCUACUCUUUGCUCUCUACCAAAGUGUGUUCCUUAUUAAGCCACAGGUACUUGAAAUGGUGCUUAUGGACCUUCCUGGUCUUCUAUUCUUUUCGACUUACACAUUACUUGUUUUGUUCUGGGCCGAGAUAUAUCACCAGGCAAGAAGCCUACCAAUUGAUAAGCUUAGGCCUACUUAUUUUGCAUCAAAUGGAUUUAUGUAUUUUACACAGGUGUUCAUCUGGAUAUUCAUAAGAUUAAGCCGAAGUCCUGUUUCAGUGAAAGCCGCUAAACUCUUCUUUUCAGUCAUGUCAUUCUCUGUUGCUCUGGGAUUCCUGAUAUAUGGUGGGAGGUUAUUUUUCAUGCUGAGACGCUUCCCCAUCGAGUCAAGAGGUCGUCAGAAAAAGCUAUACGAGGUUGGCUGUGUCACAGGAAUUUGUUGUGCUUGCUUCUUGAUAAGAUGUUUUGUGCUUGCUCUUGCCACAGUUUACAAGGAUGCAGAUAUUGAUGUCCUGGAUCACCCCAUCUUGAACCUAAUAUAUUACAUGUUGGUAGAGAUUGUUCCAUCUGCUUUGGUGCUCUUCAUCCUACGAAAGUUGCCCCCCAAGCGUGUCUCGGAUCAUUAUCAGCCCAUCAGUUGAAGCUAUCUAUUUAAUUUUAAUAUGGUAAUACUGAGCUUUAAUUCUUUGGAAGGUUCUGUGAUCCACUUUGAGCUACUCUCUCUCUCUCUCUCUCUCUCUCUCUCUCUCCCCUGUAAAUUCCUUCUAAUUUCUUAUUAGAAUGAAAAUCAUCUUUAUGAGUAA